ACAUCCUGUAAACAGAGGGGCCCGCUGGAGACAACAACUUCUGCUUCCGGGUCACACCUUGACAGCGGCUUUCACCACCCAGCUCAGCCCCGCGGUUUGCAUCGCAAUAGAAAACCCUUUGGUGUUUUCUCUGGAUCCGAAGUUAAAGAAAACCGGGGGAGAGAGGGCUUUCAGUUCCAGCAGAGGAAAGAGGCCACGUGGGGUCAAACGGCGCACGGGCUGCUGUCUGGAGAUAGGCAGUUUGGAGCAUGUGAACAUACUCUGAGCCUUGAUGAGUUCCAGUAUGUGGUAUAUUAUGCAGAGCAUUCAGAGCAAAUACUCCCUCUCAGAGCGCUUAAUCCGAACAAUCGCUGCCAUUCGUUCCUUCCCACAUGAUAAUGUAGAGGACCUCAUCAGAGGGGGAGCAGAUGUGAACUGUACCCAUGGCACCCUGAAGCCCCUGCACUGUGCGUGCAUGGUGUCAGAUGCUGACUGUGUAGAGUUACUCCUGGAAAAGGGAGCGCAGGUGAAUGCCCUGGAUGGUUACAACCGAACAGCCCUCCACUAUGCAGCUGAGAAAGAUGAGGCUUGUGUGGAGGUCCUCUUGGAGUAUGGUGCAAACCCCAAUGCACUGGAUGGCAACCGAGACACCCCACUUCACUGGGCAGCCUUUAAGAACAAUGCCGAGUGUGUGCGGGCCCUCCUAGAGAGUGGGGCCUCUGUCAACGCCCUGGAUUAUAACAAUGAUACCCCGCUCAGCUGGGCCGCCAUGAAGGGAAACCUUGAGAGCGUCAGCAUCCUUCUUGAUUAUGGUGCAGAGGUCAGAGUCAUCAACCUAAAAGGCCAGACGCCCAUCUCCCGCCUGGUAGCUCUGCUAGUCAGGGGACUUGGAACAGAGAAAGAAGACUCUUGCUUUGAGCUCCUGCACAGAGCUGUUGGACACUUUGAAUUAAGGAAGAAUGGCACCAUGCCACGAGAAGUGGCCAGAGACCAGCAGCUAUGUGAAAAACUGACUGUCCUGUGCUCAGCCCCAGGAACUCUAAAAACACUCUCUCGCUAUGCUGUGCGUCGGAGUUUGGGACUCCAGUACCUCCCAGAUGCGGUGAAGGGCCUUCCACUGCCAGCUUCCCUGAAGGAAUACCUGUUACUUGUGGAAUAGGCUGCAGGAGCCGUUUGCACCCUCACACAGGCAACCCCGGGGGGAGGUUUUUCCCUGCAGUCCUCUCUUUGUCUUGGAAAACAGGAAAAGCAGUUGUUCCUGUUGCGUGGUUUGUAUUUAGAGACAACGUGUCCCAACGGUAACCUCCACACCAUCUCCCCUCCCCAAACCAAGCAACCAAACAAAAAAAAAAUCCCUCACUUUUGUUUUCUGUUUCUUGCUUACUUGGCUUUUUAUAUUGCACCCUGCAAAAGAAGAGGUCUCCCCCUACCCUCCCCUUUAGGGAAAAAGUCAACAAUGCAACAAAAUUCUCUAGGAAAAUGAAGAGUAUUUAAAGAGUGUGUGUUUAGUUUUCCUUUGAGAACGUGAUUAACAUUUCAGAAGAAUCCCUCUAGAAGCAUUGUAACUGGUCAGUGAAGAAGUUUAAGAAAAUUCCAGCUAACAGAUGUGGCCCAAAGAUGAAGAUACUACAACCUCCAAUGGUGUGCAGAUGCACAGUUGGGCUGGAUGAUACGGAUGAUGCCCUAGCGUGCCCCAUCACGGAGUGUGCAGAAGGGACUGGCCCCCUCUCACCAUCAGAGCAAACAGCAGCCUUUGCCUCUUUUCCAUGGGUGUGCCUGAGGGUUACAGUAGUUCAGCAAUGCUGUUUCAGAAAUAACAUUGUCUUGCUGCUUUCCACGUAGUAGAAGAGAGAGCAGGUUCUGAGCAGUCCUAAGAACUCAGAUGUCCUAAGAACUUUUCUCCUAAUGCAGGUCUUUCUCCUUGUGAAAGCCAGUUUGCUCCAACGGGCUUAGCAGGUGUUUGUACACCUUAGGUGAAGGUGUUUACUCCAGCAGGGGACGAGAUGGGCUGGGCUGCCUUUUCCCACGGGUCUUCAUUUCCCCAUAGGCAGCUCACUCUGCUGAGAGUUGGGAGUUAUUUUCCUUUCAGUUGUUUUGGAAACUUUGCUUUUUACUGAUCUAUACAAGACACUGGGGAGUGCAGGGUGCGGGGGAAGAGCAUUAUAAGAGCUUCUUUUGAGAUGGCCCACCUACUCAAAAAAGAACUGCUUUAGUGAACCAUACUUAGUCAACAAUACUCUUUCUUUUCAUGUUCCUAAACUAGAGCAAGUUGUUAUUGAUCUCGGAUGACCCAGAUGCAAAUUUGAAAACUUUUUUUUUUUUUUAACCGAUUGGGAACCACAAAUAAAAAUGACUGGACUGCUGACACAGCUGAUUUCAAAAACAGUGUCUGCUUUUGCCCUUUUGCUGUUGGUGGGUUUUUUUUGCUCACUUGAAAAAAAAGAAAUAAACACUUCUAAAAGCGA